AUGGCGCCAAAGGCAGGCGAGACAGUAGCGGCCAUACCCGAGUUGGUGGAGAUGAUCUUGCUGCAAUUACCAUUGCAAGAUGUCAUGCUGGCCCAACGAGUCGACCGCACCUUCCGAGACGUCAUCGGCGGUUCCUCCAAGCUGCAGCAGGCUCUCUUCCUGCGGCCAUGCUCCAGUCGACAAGCAUCACUUACAGGCCAUCAUACCCACCCAGAACCGUGUACUCAGAAGGAGGACUGCGAUCCGACCAAAUAA